AUGACAGGAUGUAAACCAGCAAAUACUCCAAUAGAAGGAGGAUUGAAGUUGUGUGUGGAAGAAGAUCAAACUCCAACUGACAAAGGACAAUUUCAGAGAUUGGUAGGGAAAUUGAUGUAUCUAUCACAUACAAGGCCAGAUUUAGCAUAUGCUUUGAGUACGGUCAGUCAAUUUAUGCAUAAUCCAGGUAAACAACAUAUGGAUGCAGUAACACAUAUCUUGAGGUACAUAAAAGCUGCACCAGGAAAGGGAAUUUUGUUCCGGAAAAACUCAACUGAACAAGAAAUUCAAGUUUACACAGAUGCUGAUUGGGCAGGUGACAUUGGUGAUAGAAAAUCUACAUCGGGAUAUUUUACAUUCGUAGAAGGGAAUCUUGUCACAUGGAGAAGUAAGAAACAGAAUGUGGUAGCUAGAUCGUCUGCUGAAGCUGAACUUAGAGGAGUUGUACUUGGACUUUGUGAAGGAUUAUGGAUAAAUCUUCUUCUUGGAGAUUUAGGAUUUGCAUCUGCUUUCUUGGAGAUUUUUUUAGGGAUUUGCAUUCUGCUCGUCCAAUUAGCUGUGUACUUUUGA